AUGCGGUUGUCCCUCUUCUCAGCCGUGGCUCUGACCACCUUCUCAAGCCUAGUCGCCUCCGUCCCCGCGGCUCAAGUCGAAGAAUGGGACAUGGUCGUGCAACAGGACGCCGUGGCCGCGCUCGAGUGGGCCCCCGGUACCGUGUCGCGUAUCGGCGAUAAUACACCCGUUCAUACGAUGACACAAUGGGAUUGGACGGAUUGCGGUGAGUGGGUGGUCUAUCGGCUAUGGUGGGGUGUGGGGUAGUCGUCAUGUCGUGCUGUCGUGCUGUCGUGCUGUCGGUUGGUUGCCCCAGUCGGGAGGCGGAUCAGCUGACGCCACCACCACUCACGCCUUAUGGGCCCAUCCCUCCACAUCGCUCUGAUGACCGAAUCGCACUCUCUCCUCCUCCUCGCUGCUCCAUAGGCAACCCCACCGAUGCUAUCGAAAUCGACUCGAUCAAGAUUUCGCCCGACCCUCCCGUGCCCGGAAAGGAUCUGACCAUUUACGCUUCGGGCAAGGUCAAGACGCUCAUCACGGUCAGUUGCUGUUGCUGAGGAUACAACCGCGCCCCACCUCAAUCGGGGGAGAGCGGGAAUUCGCAUCAAACUGACACGCGCGGGUGAAUAUUCAUUGGACAGCAUGGCUCAUACGCAAAUGUUGUCGUCAAGUUGGGCUUGAUCAAGUUGUUGAGCAAGACGUUCGAUGUUUGCGAUGAGCUGUGGGUUCGCUUCGUCGUCGAAAGGUAGAGGCCAUUCGACUGAGGAACAACUUUAUACCGCACAGUGGCAAUGCCAACUCGACGCUGCGAUGCCCCAUCGAUCCCAACACGUACAAGGUCGAGCAGACUGUUGCUCUUCCGGCCGAGAUCCCUCGCGGUGAGUAGUCAUUGCCCACAACUCAGGCAGGCACAGUUUCGCUCAUGUCUCUCUCCAUUCGGUCCCUUCUCUUCAACAGCCAAGUUCGUCAUCCAAGCCAACGUGUUUACCCAAGAGGACGAGCCUGCGGCGUGUGUCAACUUGUGGAGUCAGUCUUUCCAUUCUCAUGCAGUCUCCCGCCAGAGAUGAUUUGGCACUGACGAUUUCUUUUCUCUCCCUCCCUCCUCCAGUCAACUUUUUGCUGCCCGACCGAGCUGAGUAA